GGGGGAGGUGACACGUGGCUCCGGCAGAGGGGCGGGGAGUGGGGUGUAGGAGGUUGGGGAUGGCAGGGAUUGAGAGGACAACCGAGAGCCUUAACGUGAUUUAUUUUGGAUGAUGUGGGACAGGAUUCUACCCUGGCUGCUCUGUGCAUGUGUGGUAUUUCAGCUUAGUGCCGCCUGUGCCCCGGGAAGUCGUGCCUGUGAAAAUGCCAACACUUCACCCCUGGAUGCCUGGAUCUGCUCUCUGAUUGGCUCAUUGCUGGUGGGACUAAGUGGUGUGUUUCCACUCUUAGUGAUUCCAGUUGAAGCAGGGGCUACACUGAGAUCUGAAGAGGGCGCCAAGAGGCUGAAGCAGCUGCUGAGUUUUGCCAUUGGUGGUUUACUAGGCGAUGUGUUUGUUCAUCUUCUGCCGGAGGCCUGGGCUUACACCUGCAGCGCCACAACAGGGAGUUCUCAGUCUCUCCAGCAGCAGCGUCUCCUGGGCCUAUGGGUUAUUAUUGGAUUCUUUGCUUUCCUAAUUUUGGAGAAAACCUUUUCCAAUGAAGAACAGAUGACCACCGGAUCUGUUCCGGUGAAAGACACAAAGAAGGUAGACCCAGGCAGCUUAAUGAAUGGGAAGCAUGGGGUGAAAAAAAAGCAGGACUGUGCACAAAAGAGACCGAAAAGUGACAGUAUUAAGGUCAGUGGCUACCUCAACCUCCUGGCCAACACCAUUGAUAACUUCACCCAUGGCAUGGCGGUGGCAGGCAGUUUUCUGGUCAGUAGAAAGGUGGGAAUCCUCACAACGGUGGCCAUCUUAUUACAUGAAAUUCCCCAUGAGGUUGGGGAUUUUGCUAUUCUCCUCCGUGCUGGGUUUGACCGCUGGAGUGCAGCUAAGAUGCAGCUGAUGACUGCAAUGGGGGGUAUCUUUGGAGCAGGCUUUGCAGUUUGUGCUCAGUCACCCAAAGGGGCCGUUGAAGCAGUGGCUUGGAUUUUGCCUUUCACAUCGGGAGGUUUCCUGUACAUUGCACUGGUUAAUGUGCUGCCAGACCUUUUGGAAGAGAAAAACACAAGGAAUUCCCUGGUUCAGGUUCUGCUGAUCAGCUGUGGGAUUGUUGUUAUGACAGUCCUGUCCUUAAUAGUGGAAUGACUACCAUAGAGCGCACAUCCAAGUAAAGACGACCCUGCACUGCAGGACCGGGCAUGGGAUAUCGGCACAAGAAACAUCCCUGGUGAGACAGACACCUGUGUACGAUCAUACGUGGUUCCCACCGUUCUUUAGCCUGAUUGUCACCAUCAGCCUGACACCUGAAGGGGAGAUUGUUGGGUUGGGUUCAGUAUUUUUAUUUGUAGGUUUGGCUGUACCAUUGCUUGUCUUGUGCCUUUUAUUUCUGGCCAAGUCUUUUACAUGAAAGCCUGUGUGUCACCUAUGUCUUCAGUAUUUCCCCUCGCUUCCCCUUUAACUUGUCUGCCCUCAUGUAUGUCACUGUGUGUCUAUCUUUUUAUGUUUUUUUUAUCUCUGUACACAAACUGUAGACUGAGUUCUGCAGGAACACGAAGACGUGACAGGUCAUCUGCUCCUUCUACUAUGCAAGGGUAUUUUAUUAUAUAACAUUUUAUAGCUUACAGGUUACCUGAUCGAUCAAAUCUGAAACAAAGUUAGUUACUGUUACGGAUUUUAUUCAUAGACAGUUCAGAACCACUGAUGUUUUAAAUGGUUUAUUUAACAAACUUGUUUCUCAGAAUACAAUAAGAAUAUAGAGAAAAGGAGAUUGUGUUGUAGUAGAUGGUUUAUUUCCCUGAUUGGAGUGUUAGUGCAAGAGGAAGCUAUUACACUAUGGGCUGGUGCUAGGGAAAAAGUUGUGUACAAUUCAGUGCACAAAAUAAUGGGAUAGUCUUAAAGGGCUUUGUGGCCCUUUUUUUUUUUUUUUUUUU